GAGAGAGAAGGGGGAGAAAAGAAAGAAAAUUUAGAGAGAGAAACUCCAUCUGUUGUCUCUAAUUAAAUCUAAUCACGACCCGCCAUUAAAAAAGCUUGGACUUCUUACCAACACACUCUCUGUAAAUUUCUAUCGCUAUGUCUUCUCGCCAUGAAAAAGAGAAGGCCGUCAAUGUCCAGGUUCUCCUCCGAUGCAGGCCGUUCAGCGACGAGGAGCUGAGGAAUAAUGCGCCGCAAGUGGUGACUUGCAAUGAGUUCCAGAGGGAGGUGGCGGUCUCUCAGACGAUCGCAGGGAAGCAGAUUGAUAGGGUUUUUACCUUUGAUAAGGUAUUUGGUCCUUCAGCAAAGCAGAUGGAUUUGUAUGAUCAAGCAGUAAUUCCAAUUGUUAAUGAGGUAUUGGAGGGUUUUAACUGUACAAUUUUUGCUUAUGGGCAAACUGGUACAGGAAAGACAUAUACCAUGGAAGGUGAAUGUAGAAGAUCUAAGAGUGGACCAAAUGGUCAAUUACCUUCAGAUGCAGGCGUCAUACCAAGAGCUGUUAAGCAGAUAUUUGACACACUAGAAAGUCAAAAUGCUGAAUAUAGUGUUAAAGUUACCUUCUUAGAACUUUAUAAUGAAGAAAUCACUGAUUUGCUUGCUCCAGAAGAGUUUUCUAAAGCUGCUUUGGAGGAGAAGCAGAAAAAACCAUUACCACUUAUGGAGGAUGGAAAAGGGGGCGUUCUAGUACGGGGGCUUGAGGAGGAAAUUGUAACAAGUGCCAGCGAGAUCUUCUCUCUUCUGGAGAGGGGAUCUGCCAAGAGGCGUACAGCAGAGACUUUAUUAAACAAACAAUCAAGUCGAUCACAUUCUCUUUUUUCCAUUACUAUUCACAUCAAAGAGGCAACUCCUGAAGGGGAAGAACUUAUUAAAUGCGGGAAGCUAAAUCUUGUUGAUCUUGCUGGAUCAGAAAAUAUUUCUCGAUCAGGUGCCAGGGAGGGACGUGCAAGAGAAGCUGGAGAAAUAAACAAAAGUCUACUUACGUUGGGCCGCGUAAUCACUGCUCUUGUGGAGCACCUUGGGCACAUUCCCUACAGGGACAGCAAGCUUACUCGAUUACUUCGCGAUUCGCUAGGAGGAAGGACCAAAACAUGCAUAAUAGCUACUGUUUCACCAUCUGUGCAUUGUUUAGAAGAGACCCUUAGCACACUAGAUUAUGCUCACAGAGCAAAAAAUAUAAAGAAUCGCCCUGAGGUAAAUCAAAAGAUGAUGAAAUCAACUUUAAUCAAAGACCUCUAUGGGGAGAUUGAUCGCCUUAAGGCAGAGCUCAAUGCUACUCGUGAAAAAAAUGGAGUUUACAUUCCAAAAGAACGAUACUCCCUAGAGGAGAGUGAAAGGAAGGCAAUGGCUGAGCAAAUUGAACAAAUGGGGGUCUUGCUAGAGAACCAUCAAAAGGUUAGAUUGUUUGGGAUUUUGUUCCAACAUGAACUUGGGUUUUACUCCUUUAUCUUCUCUGACGUAUACAUAAUAACUUGUCCUUUGCAGCAAAUUGAAGAUUUGCAAGAGAAGUAUAACACGCAACUUCAUCACUCUGCUGAUUUGAGAAAACAACUAGAUGCCACGGAGAAAAUUUUGAAUCGUACAAGCAAGUUACUAGCCACUGCAAAGGAAGAUCUUAAGCAAUCCCAGUACACUCUGAAGGAAAAAGACUUCAUUAUAUCUGAACAAAAGAAAGCUGAAAAUGCUUUGGCAGAUCAAGCCUGUGUUUUGCGAGCAGAGUUGGAGAAAUCCAUUAGCGAUAAUGCUUCACUGUUUUCUAAAAUAGCCAGAGAAGACAAACUGAAUGCUGCAAAUAGGUCAACAGUCAACAAUUUUCAGGGUGAUCUCACCGAGAAGGUUACAGCGCUCUGCAAACUAGUAGCUGCAUCUAUGGAGAAACAGAAUAAACAUCUUCGUUCUGUUGAGAACUUUUGUCAAUCUUGUCUCAAUUUCCAUGAAAAGGCAGUCUUGGAGCUGAAGAAGAAAGUGUCAGCCUCAAGGGCUUUGUAUGCUUAUCAUGUAGAAGGAAUCCAGAAUGCAGUGCGUUUGCAUAAAUCAACCUCCAAUGCUGGUCUUGAAGAGAUCUCAUCUGCUGUUACUUCCAAUUGUUCUUCUCUUCUUCAUUUGCUAGCUGUGGGGGAAGGAGAAGCAGAUCUUAUCAUUAAGGAUCUGCAAGGUACAUUAUCUACUCAUCGAGGAGAGCUUGCACUCUUCGCUCAAGAGCUUAGCGAGAGAUUUUGUUCUAGUUUGGUCCACACAAAGGAGAUGUCCAAUUAUAUUCUUGCACUCCUUGACAAGCUGGGUGAGGAAUCGAAGAAGCUUCAAGGUCAUUCAAGUCUCAUGCACGAAGCUCAGGCAACUUGCCUUGCUGAUCUUCAGAAGGCAUAUGAGGAGCAAUCGAGGUCCGAAGCAGAGAAGCUUAUAGCCGAUAUGACGAGUCUUGUAUCUAAUCACAUGCACCGACAAAAAGAACUGGUUAACGGGAGACUCAUUGCACUGAGAGAUGCAGCUGUGGAGAACAAGGUAUUAUUGAAUGAGCAUGUAUCAUUUGAACAAGGUGUGAUAACUGAUGCCAAGCGGAAAUGGGAAGAGAUGUCAAUGCAAGCACAACACGAUCUCAAAGAUGGUUCUGACUUCUCUUCAACAAAACAUUGUCGCAUGGAACUUCUUCUUCAAGAAUGUGUAAACACUAUUGAUAUGACCUCUAACAAGUGGAAGAAGACACAUGAAUCUGUUAAUGAGAUGAGCAGCAAACAUGUCAUUGACACGGAUGCACUUAUAAGAACUGCCAUCGAGAAUAAUGAGCAACAUGAUUCUGAGAUUGCCUCAGCACGUACUGUAAUUGAGGAGGAUGUGACUAAGAAUAACAAGGAUAUCCAACAUCACAUUGAGAAUGUUUUAGAACACACGAAGGAGUCAACUAAAGGAGCAUUGGCAGCAAUGGAAGCCCACUAUGCAGCACUGCAGCAGCUGCAGGAGGAUCAUGGGAGCCAGGCCUCAGAUAUCAACCGGCAUGCUGAGAAAACCUUCCAAAAUACUUAUGCGGAUUAUGAACCCAGCGGCGAGACACCAGUAAGGUCUGAGCCUGACUUGCCCAGCAAGGGUACUAUUGAGUCGCUUAGAUCGAUGCCCAUGGAUGCUCUAUUGGAAGAGUUCAGGGAAAGUAACCCUUAUGAGUCAUCAAAAGAGAAACCCUCUCUGAUACCACGCUCACCUCUCAUACAGCUUAACUGAUGGCUUUUAGAAUACAGGUCUUGUGGUUGUUGUGUACUGUAUUCUUAUUAUUAUUUACAGUGUUUUGUAAGAAAGAGAAGGGGAGCUUCCUUAGGUCCCCAUGUUCAAAUUUUUUUUUACAUUGUACUACUUGGAGAUGGAGGUAGGAGUAUGAAAGAAUACUCGGAGAUAAAAGAUUUAGAAAUAUAGGAUAUGUUUUGUGUUACUUUUUCCUGGGGAUAUCUGUAUUCUGUAAUAUAGCUAUGAUUCUCAUCUGUCCUACUUUGAAUAUUUUGUAAUAAUAUACUUGGCUUCAUCAGCUC